GCAGCCGCCGCCGCAGAGCGCGGGGAGGCGCCGGACAGGGGCAGCGGCUGCCGAAGCAGGCCGAGGCGGGAGCGGGAGCGCGGCGCGGAUAGCUGCCGCCGUGUCGGGGCCAGAAAAUGGCUGUUCCACCUGCUUAUGCUGAUCUGGGCAAAUCUGCCAGAGAUAUUUUCACCAAGGGAUAUGGUUUUGGGUUAAUAAAACUUGAUUUGAAAACAAAAUCUGAAAAUGGAUUGGAAUUUACAAGCUCAGGUUCAGCAAACUCAGAAACAAGCAAAGUUAGUGGUAGCUUGGAAACAAAAUACAAGUGGGUGGAAUAUGGAUUGAUGUUCACAGAAAAGUGGAACACCGACAACACACUAAGCACUGAGAUUACUCUUGAAGAUCAGCUUGCACGUGGCCUGAAGCUGACCUUUGACUCCUCCUUUUCUCCUAACACUGGGAAAAAGAGUGCUAAAGUUAAGACAGGGUACAAAAGGGAACACAUCAACCUUGGCUGCGACAUGGAUUUUGAUAUUGCUGGUCCUUCAAUACGUGGAGCCCUGGUGCUUGGCUACGAGGGGUGGCUGGCAGGUUACCAAAUGACUUUUGAGACAACCAAGUCUAGAGUAACCCAGAGCAACUUUGCUGUUGGCUAUAAGACUGAUGAAUUCCAGCUCCAUACUAAUGUGAAUGAUGGAACAGAAUUUGGCGGCUCCAUUUACCAGAAGGUGAAUGAUAAACUGGAAACUGCUGUCAAUCUUGCGUGGACGGCUGGUAAUAGCAACACUCGCUUUGGAAUAGCAGCCAAGUAUCAGAUUGACCCAGAUGCCUCUUUUUCUGCUAAAGUGAACAACUCCAGUCUGAUCGGACUAGGAUACACUCAGACUUUAAAGCCAGGUAAGUAUCAAACUGACGUUGUCAGCUUUGUUGGAUGGCAAGAAUGUCAAUGCAGGUGGUCACAAACUUGGCCUAGGAUUGGAAUUUCAAGCAUAAGGAGUGAUUCUACAAUCACUGAUUUGAAAAUACAGCAUAGCUACCUUCAGAAUAUAUUGUACCUUUCAAUGUUUUAUUGUCUGGGAUGCAAGUAUUGCUAAGUAUCAGUCCUGCUAGUCCUGGUUCAAGAGAGUUGAGCUUUAAAAAUGACGUUGUUCCAGAAACGGAGACAAAAGCAUAAAUCCCCCCAAUUCUAAGGUUUCUUUUUUGAAUGUUAGUGCCCAUCACAUCUGUCAACUGUCACAUUAUAGAAAGGAGGAAAGUAUUGAUUACCUUUACUAACACAUUGACUACACAAAGAAUAUGUUAAUGUGGUAUAAACCCCAAAGCUUUAAGAAUCGAAGACCAUUAUAUUGUACUGUUAAUUCUGUAAGCAAAAUGUUCUUACACUUAAAGGUUUCAGUUCAUGAUAGAAUGUGCAAAGUUGUCUGAAAAGGAAUUUUUUUAAAUAUUUUUCUUCCUUUAGCUAGCCAUUUCAUGAAUGGUUUGUCAUACACCUGUCUCCAGAAUGCUUUAGGUUGUUCACCUUGUUUAAGUCUGUUGCAGAGAUUUGAUGUGACUCAGACAAUAUUACCUGUCCUGUGUUGUGGUUCUUUUCCCUUGCACUGACUGGAAAGCUUGUAAGACAGCGCCAUAAUCAGGGAAGAGUCUUUGUAACUGCAAUCACAUAGUCACAUCACUAAAUUAAAAAUGGACUUUUAUUUUAUUACCACUUUUUUUAGAAACUAAAUGGGUACAUUUUUAGAGAAUCUUCCAUUUUGUGUGGAACUAGAUCCCAAAAUGCUGUACUUGACACUACUAAAAAUGGAUAAAAAACCCAAACCCAACUUGAAUAAAAUACUGAAAUGUCA